AACUCGCAGCCGGCUAAUCACAUCAAGAUUCAAGCUGUCCUUGCUCGCUUUAACUCACGGGAAAACUUGCUCGACCGGAUGAUGAGCAUGUACUACUUCGAAGCCAUCCAUGCAUCAGCUUAAAGACCUUACCAAUUUCAAAGAAACUCGAACUUCUCUUCCUCGACCACUGUAUUGCUGUCCUCUCUGUUGAUGGAGAGGGGAAGUUUUGCAACCCACUGGCAGCUUCUGUAAAUUCCAGCAAGCACUGAUCGUAAGGGGGACAGGAAGCGGUCUCUCUGUGGAAUUGUGGGAAUUUUAUAAUAUUGUGUUCGGCGAUUCGAGAGACAAGCAUGAGACCAGGGGCUCGGAGUGAGUGCGAUGAGCUGGAAGAUGAGAUUGAGAGAAUACUCAGACAUCAACAAACUCACGAGUUGACGUGCCCAGUUUGCGACUCGUGCGUGACCAAGCGACUGAUCAUCCGAAAGAGAAAAAGAUCGAGUACGACGGACGAUGCGCAUCGUCUGGCCAAAGCUCGCAAAAGCUGUGAGAAGGCCAUAAGCAGUGUGAUUAAGCGCCGCCACGAGGUGUACGACGCGCACAAAGAAUGCAUACGAUCACAAUCUCCGCCACAUUCGCCCACCAGCGUGAUUGUCGAUGACGCCACGGAUCCGGAGGAUGAAAAAGGCUGGAGCUGCUUUCCAUGCCUUCCCUGCUUCUUCUCCUUCUUCUAUGAGAGAGGUCCAGGACAGCUCGAGAGACAAAGAAGUUUGAGAGAUGCAGCAGCAGAUUUCGGUCCAGACGAUACAACUCCUCUUCUGCAGGCCCAGUCCCGCAUUUCCAGCUGAUGCAUGAACUACCUAGAACAUAGCGGCCGAUGCUCAGUGUACAGGAUGCUUCGACUGCUGAUGGAUUUUGACUUUUUAUUGUCAUUUGGAUGAUUCGGUAUGCCAACAUUCGCAGGCUAUAUUACGCGACAUUCAAUCGUUUGACGACCUUGUCAGGGUUUUCUACUUACAUCACUUCUGCCUGCACUUCUACUUCUCUCACUAUAUUCCGAAGAAGAAAGCAUUUUUUUGUGUCAGGGCUAGACAAUGAGGCAGUGCAAUGUGUUACGAUGAUCAAUUACAAUGGUACUGGGGUAUAUUUAGAGACGAAUAAGAAUCAAAUAGUUCGUUCCUAUUCGCCAAGUAGAGUAGAAAGAAUGGGGAAGAAUAGAUUUGUAACAGCUUAUUUUCACUGAUAAGUAGUUUUGUAAAGUGUUCACUUAUGUGUGACGAAGG